AUGAGUUUCAUUGUUCAACUAGCAAUAUUGUACAUCAUUGGUGCAUCUGGAAUAACUAUCGAAUUUCAUAAUGGUCUUGGCUUUCCGAUUCAAUUAAUUGUGACACAAAAUCACGUCGCACCUCGACAAAUAGCUACAAUUCCAACAGGGCGACAUUUUUCAUACUAUUGCCCGCAAGGAUUUGCCGGGAAUUUUAAACACGGUUGGGCUGGUAAAGGUAUAACACUAUUCGAAAUAUCAGUUCGAACACAUGAUGCGAACACUUAUUAUGAUUUGAGUGUCAUCGAUGGUUUCAAUGUACCGAUGAAAGUUUAUGCUCCAGAUGGAACAAGAAUUCAAGCUUUACAUUCACGAGCACCAGAUGCUUAUCUGUAUCCGACAGACGAUAGCAAAACACAUGGCUUACGCCAAGAUGGAAAAUUCGUGGUUGUCUUUGAAUGGUAA